GACCACCAGCCUCCCAAGGACCGCCAGACUUCUAGAGGCCGCCAUAUCAGCCCAGAUAGGGGCAAUUCCAGCAGCAGUCUCUCUACCAGCCCAUGAAGGGGCAUGCUACUCAACCACAGCCGCGACCCUUCCAGCAGCCAGGUGCAGCCCCUGCAACCCCAGUGCAGAAUGAUCCGAUAGCUGAAUUGCGGGACUUGGUGGGUUCUCUUGCCAGUUCCAGUGCUCAAAAAUUCAAUACUAUCGAGCAGUUCAUGGGAAAGGCCUCGGGUAAAUUCCUGGCUCUUGAAGCUGGCCAGAGGAACACACAGGCUGUCUUGCAGGAUAUCCAAACCCAGCUGGGGAGUGUGGCUCAAGCAGUGGUGCAGAUGGCUCCAAGUACCUUGCCAGGUCAUACCAUUCAUAAUCCGAAGGACCCGAAUGCCCACUGUAAUGCCAUCACAACAAGGAGCGGCAAAGAGACUGCAUACCCACCUGUCAUGGCCAGACAAGCGGGAGGUAGACCUGCCUCGGCAUCUCCAGCUGUUGAAGAAGAAGCGGAGAAGGAGGUUGAGGUGCCUGCGCCUAAGCCGCAACCAGUAGUGAAUGAGUAUAUCCCUCAACUCCCGUUCCCUACUCGAUUGCACAAAGACAGGCUAGAGGCAGAGUUCGGGAACUUCAUGUCCAUGCUUAGGAAGCUGAAUGUCCAAGUGUCCUUCCUGGAGGCACUAUCUCAAAUUCCUAAGUAUGCGAAGUUCCUGAAAGAUCUUCUCUCAAAGAAGCAGAAGCUGAGCGAGCUGGCCACUGUGGAGCUCAGCGAGGAGUGCCCCUUAUACUGGGAAGGCCUUUCCUGGCAACCGCUAAGGCUCUCAUAAAUAUACUUGAUGGGACCUUAGUCUUGGUCACUAAAAGUAUUUUAUUCCA